UCCCAUCCGCUCCUGGCUCCAAGCUCAAACUAGGCUCGGCGGCAGUGGGGGCGCGCAGGCGCGGCUGGCGGGUGGCAGAGCGCGGAGUAGCGGCGCGUAUCGCGCGGAAAUCAUCAUCCAGGGACCUGCCGGAGACCACAAGAAAACAUGGGGAGGAUUUUCCUCACAGAAGAAAAAGCCAAUUCAGUAUUAAAACGCUACCCAAGAGCUAAUGGACUUUUUGAAGAAAUAAGACAGGGCAACAUUGAGCGUGAAUGCAAAGAAGAAGUCUGCACAUUUGAAGAAGCAAGAGAAGCUUUUGAGAAUAAUGAAAAAACUAAAGAGUUUUGGAACACCUACACAAAAGCGCAACAAGGAGAGAGUAACAGAGGAAGUGACUGGUUUCAAUUUUACCUUACCUUUCCAUUAAUCUUUGGCCUCUUCAUUAUUCUCCUUGUCAUUUUCCUAAUUUGGAGAUGCUUCCUAAGAAACAAAACUCGUAGACAGACAGUAACUGAAGGCCACAUUCCUUUCCCUCAGCACCUUAAUAUUAUCACUCCGCCUCCCCCACCAGAUGAAGUGUUUGAUAGCAGUGGAUUGUCACCAGGCUUUCUGGAAUAUGUAGUUGGGCGCUCAGAUUCUGUCUCUACUCGCCUGUCCAACUGCGACCCCCCACCAACCUAUGAGGAAGCCACUGGCCAGGUGAACCUGCGGAGAAGUGAAACAGAACCUCAUUUAGACCCACCCCCGGAGUAUGAAGAUAUCAUCAACUCCAACUCAGCCAGUGCCAUUGCUAUGGUGCCUGUGGUCACCACCAUCAAAUGAAACUGCAAACAACUUCUUUUUACUAUAAUCGUUUUUAAAAUACUAAUGAAAGAACUUUCUAGCACUUUACCACUACAUAAAUGUGCAUUGACUUAUUUUAUUGGCCUCUGACAGCAUACCACUUUACAUUUUCUGAUUUGAUUUUCAUUAAUUUUGUUUCCUACUAUAAAGUUAUUAUCCAUGCUCAUUUUUGCUAAUGGAAAUAUGUUAAGAGGGAAAAACAUACUAGUGGAGCUCUUCAUGUGAUGAGAUAUAUAUGUGUGUGUGUGUGUGUAUAUAUAUGUAUUGAUGUAUAUGCAUAUACACGUGUGUGUGUACAUUAGCCCAGUAUAUGUGCAACUGUCUUAAAAGGCCAUUAACUUCUGUCUAAAUCACCUGUAAAGAGAACAUUACUCACCAAAAUUGGGGAAAAAAGGCACCAACAAUUUGUGUAAUAGUUAGCCAGCAACAUGCUGUUGAAUUUUGAAAAUAAGAUGAACUUAGUAGCAUGUUUUCUAAUUAAUUCUUACUGGCUUUUGUUAACCUCCUUUUUCUUUAGCUACUGUAAAAGGAAAAAAAAUGCAUGUUGUCCAUCUUGAUUUUAGGAACAUCUCAGAAAGAGAGGGAAGACAUAAUAAACAAUAACUUGCUUAUAGUGUGUAGCAAGAAAAUCAUUGGUCAUUAGUGGCAUUUGGCUAGUUUUGUAGGAGGAAUUUCUUGUUAUUGUUGGCUGCCUCCUCCCCAAAAUUAAACAGUGUUUGCUUAGUA